GUUAGCUGCUAAACAAAUGACAUCAUUUGGAACGAUUUUUUUCGGUGUAAAAUUUUUACGACGUUUUUUCGUCGAUACAGUGCCAUUAUUUGUAGCAUUAGUAGCUAUUGUUGCCAUUGUUGGUAUUAUUAUUGGUGUUGCUCUUGUUGUUACUGCUGUUGUUAUUGUUGUUGCUGUUGUUGUUGUUGUUGUUGUUGCUGUUGCUUAUGAUGGUAACGUACAGGAUGAAUUUACCAUCAUAUCUGAAGAUGUACUACAACAGAUAGAAUUACCAUCGAUUCGAUUUGUCAAACUAUUACUAUUACUACUGCUAUUAACCAAUUUUGGUGUAAUUGUCGAAGCGGAAUUGGUUACUUGA